GUCUUUUCGUGGUCUGUAACGGGAUGGAGUACACAGGCAGCAAGUACCGUGGGGAUUACCGGAAUGGGAGGUUGGAGGGCAAAGGCGAGUACAUUCUGCCAACGGAAACCCGUUAUGAGGGUGACAUGAAAGAUGGAAUGUUCCAUGGACAAGGAACUUUGUAUUUUCCCAAUGGAAGCAAAUAUGAAGCUUCGUGGGACUGUGGCGUUGCAUAUGAGGGGAAAUAUACAUUUGCAGAUGGACUGCAGUAUGAAGAAGAGAAAUGGCAUUACUGUGAUGGCUAUGACAGGAGGUUUUAUACUGAAAUCUGCUCAGGACUUAAACCUGCAGGCCGUUCCCAACUUACAAAUUUAGAUCCUCCAAGACAAAUCCCAGAAGGCUGUUAUGAUUGUGGUGAUGGAUUCUAUGACCCAGUCAGCCGAGUUGUAAAUGACUAUCAGAACAGAUUCUUGAGAAAUGCUGAUGAUGAUGAACAUGAGUGGAUUAUUCAGACAUGUCGGAAAGGAUGGGAUGAAAUCGCAGGAUAUCAAUCAAAACACCCACGAUCCCAGACAUGAGACCUUGUAGAAUCUCACCUAUUCAGUAAAGAAGCAUCAACAACAAUCUAGCUUCAAUAAUUCUGUAGCAUACAUACAAGAAUAAAAAAUCAGUCAGUUUUGCUUUUACUC